AUGUCGAGUCCGGGCGGCCGCCCUAAGAACGUGCAUGGCGCUCAGUGUCCGAAGAACAUCCUGUACGCCCUCGUCGUCAGCCGCCACGCUCAACGAACUCCGGUCACCGACUGCACGGCCCUGCUUAAGUCCAACCCGGAACCAUGCGGCCAGCUGACGUCAAAGGGCCACGAACAGGCCUUCCGCUUCGGACAGUUCCUGCGAGCCCGCUACGCGACUCUUCUGUCAGCAGACAAGCCCGGCCAAGUGCUCGCUACCCAUAACUACCUGGACCGCUGCCGUGACAGCAUCGAAGAGAUCAUCCGGGGGCUAGGUGUGCAAGCCAAGCCAGACUUGGACCCGACAAGGUACGACGUAAUCUUCCAGGAAAGUUUACGUGACAACUUCGACGCCCUCGUACGGCAUCCGGCUAAAGGCGGCUUCGAGACCAUGGGCGACAUGCUCGAGUUCAUCGCGAAAAAGGCUGGCGCGCCAACCAAAGACAGAUCCGAGCGUUUCUUAGCUAUGGACAGCUUAAUCACCAACACGCUCAACGGGAACCCGAUGCCAAGCUGGGCUGUGCCACACUGGGACGACUUCCUGUGGGCGGAGCGCAAGAUGUUUGGUAUGGUGCUUUCGGGCCACGAGCUUAACAUGGCUAGAACGGUGCUCACGCGCAUCCUGGACACCUUCUCGCUAAAGUUUGAGGCCGGCGUCGACCGACCCGACAAGCUACACGUCUUCUCACUCUCGGACACCAGCCUGUUUUCGGUGUUGAAGCUGUUCAACCAGUCGUACGACGGCCGGCCCUGCUUUUGUGCCAGCGUGUUCUUCGAGGUGUUGUGCGAAGGUAGAGGGAAACCCGUGGUGCAGGUUCUCUUCGCGACCGAGGAGAACCCCCACUUGGUUAUGUUGGACAAGCUAGAGAAUCCGGGGCCCCUGCCGGAGUUCGUAAGCUUCGUCCGCUCAGUUCUAGGGUCCAACCCGAUAUGA